UGAUCCAAAUGGUGGGUCUAUUAUCGUAGGGCUGAACAAUUCGGAGCUUUUGAUUUGUCGGCUCGGACUUGACCUCCACAUGUAUGACCCCCGGUCAAUCUGCGCCCCCUGAAGUCUUACGGCACGGCUCAUUCACGAUAUCAUUCAUAAUAACGACGAUAUCAUGCCUUAUGCUGACUUCUUUACACCUUUUUAAAUCAAGAAGAGAUCCUCUUGCUUCUCACAGGCUUGAUCGGACCUUGCCCCUAAUUCAUCUCCUUCCUCCAAACGCCUAGCAACGCCACGACCAAUGGCUCGGAAGGGCAGCUCCAAAGUUAGGACAGGCUGCCUAACGUGCAAGGUUCGUAAGAUAAAGUGCGACGAAACUAAACCGCACUGUAAACGCUGCGUAUCCACCGGCCGCAAAUGUGACGGAUACCCGCCGCCACCAUCGUCAUUGACUCUCUCGUGGCACCGCCCGCGUCAACUGUUUCCAAAUGUUGACGAUGUUGGUGAAAGGCGAGCCUUGCAAUUCUUCUGCCAAGCUGCCGGGCCCUCUCUAUCAGGGCCGAUGGACCCCUACUUCUGGACCCAUCUGGUCAUGCAAUUCAGCACUUUCGAACCAGCCGUCAGACACUCGGUAGUCGCCAUCAGCUCCCUUUACGAACAAAUACACUCCAAGCCAAAGUCGGUACGGUUGUUAACCGACAACAGACUUGCAUUGUCUCACUACAACUCGGCUAUCCGAGAAUUAAAAUCGAUUAAUAAUGAGCCCCUGGUUCUCCUAGUAUGUAUCCUUUUUGUAUGUCUCGAGUUCCUGCUAGGGAACAGAGACACGGCAAUCGAACACUGUAAACACGGUGUCGUCAUCCUGGAGAAUGUCGAAACUUCAUAUCCUUGGACGAAGAAAUACCUUUCUCCAAUAUUCCGUCGGCUGACCCUUUUCCCGUUCUUCUUUGCCAUCGAUGAGUCAAGUUUUCCUAAACUUCUUGGGUUAAACGACCAGCUUCCAGAGUCAUUUGAGUCACUCGAGCAAGCGCAAUUUUACAUAGACGGAAUUACAACUAGAACCGUCAGUUUAGUUCGGGGCGGAGAUCGUUAUAGACUCGAGGAUAAGCGCGAUGUCCCCGUAUCACCAGAACUCCUGGAAGAACAAGAAAAAAUCAAGGUUCAGUUGGAUGGUUGGCAUGCUCGUUUCUUGGAUUUGAAGAAUAGCCCAGCGGCAUCCGACUGGUCAGAGGAGAUAGCUUGUAAUAUCCUCCUAAGACAUGAUAUUUCUACAAUAUGGGUGAACACAGCUUUCGAAUACGAAGAAACCAUAUACGAUGAGCACGUCGAUAGAUUCCGCUUGAUGGUCUCCCGGGCCACUGGACUCCAAGCCUCAAAAUUUCCAGGACCAACCGCCCAAGAUUCCCCAAAAUUCAUCUUCGAAAUGGGGUUCAUGCCAUUAUUUUAUUACGUCGUCCUCAAAUGCCGGUGUCUCACAACAAGGAUGCAGGCACUCUCUCUCAUGAAGAAACUCGGCACUCCCAGGGAAAGUCUGUGGGAAGCUUCUACGAUGUUCGCGGUCGGCCGUCGAGUCAUCGAGAUUGAGCACGGUUUUCUGUUCGAUGAGAAGGGUGAACCCUCUACCCCGCCUCGUUAUCCAGACUUCCCCCCUGAUGAAGCGAGGGUACGAGAUACCACCACAGGUCCUGCGCCGACAAUACAAGUCGACUCUCGGGGUCAAGAGGUUGGAGGAAGGACGACAGGGUUUUUCAGACGCAAGCAUGAUGGUAGUAUAUAUCUUCAAACGGAGUUUCUUGUCGAGAGAUAAUGAUAACAUAGGUAGAAAAAUAAAACCAAAAUGCAUGUAUGAAACGACUGGGGCAAAUUUUUACCUAUUGCGAGUCCUUAUGCGACAGUCUAAUGACUAUUUGUAGACAUAGAUAACCCGAUAUGGCUUCCCGUAGCUUUAAAUAUCGCUUUUCGACUGCAUGAAAUCAGUGGAAUAUACAAGAGAUAUGUCUCUACCUC